AAAUGGAAAACGAGGACACAAAGAAAAUGCAAGAAAUGAAAACUGACCUGAACUUAUUACUGGAGUGUCUGAAAUAUCAAAUGGACAAUUCUGCUUCACAAAAGGAAGCUUUGGUCACUAUUCAUUCCAUUUGUCAACAAAACAGUGAUGCAGGUGUUUAUUUUCGAGAAAUUGGUGGUCUAAUAUUUGUAAAAAACCUUGCAAAGUCAAGUGAACAUAGUAUGGUUAAAGAAGCAGCAUUAUUUACAUUAGGAUCUCUUGCAGAAGAAAAUGUUUACAGUCAGCAAACUUUGUGUACUUCAGAUUUAUUUGAAGACUUAGUUUUGUUCGUAUCUAAUGAUGAUUCAAGCACAAAUUUAAAAAGAAUGUCUGUCUAUGUUAUUUUGGUCCUGGUUUCAAAUAAUAGGUGUGGACAAACACUUGUGAGAGAAACAGGUUGUAUUACAGUUCUGGCAGAGUUGUUCAGGACAGUUCUUUCAAAACAUGAUUUGAAUUUGUUAGAUAAUAAGGUUUUCCAGAACUAUCAGUUGUGGUCUUCAGUGUGUAGUGCUCUAUGUGCCUGUGUCAACAAUCCUCAAAAUGAUGAGAAUCAAAUAUUUUGCUGUUCACUUUUUCCACAUGCUAAUGAUUGGCUGAUAUCUUGCCUGAAACCUGAGAUAAUUCGCCCUCUGUGCUCAUUUAUUGGACUUACUCUUGCAAAUAAUACAUAUGUUCAGAAAUACUUUGUGUCUGUGGGUGGACUGGAAGUAUUAUCUCAAGUUCUUGUGCACCUGGAAUCUGAUUCAUACAAGACUGUUUCCAAUGCUAAGCUUGCAGUAGUGGUGACAAAAACAAUGGAUGCAUGUAUUGCUGAUAAUCCUACUUUUAGGGUGAUACUAUCCAAAUACCACAUAGUUUCAAGACUUUUGGCAUUACUGACUCAUGAAAGUCUGGAUUUAGAAGAAAAAUUUAGCAUCAUACUUGCUCUUGGGCAUUGCACUGAAGAUUGUGAGGAAAACCAGUAUGACCUUUUUAAAAACAAUGGCCUUCCACUCAUGAUACAAGCCUUAACUGAUUCUCAGAAUGAGGAAUUACACAAGGCUGCCACAUUUGUGCUUCACAACUGCAGAAAAACUUCUGAAAAAGUAUCUCUAAGUGUACGAGACUAUUCUUUUGAUGAAAAUAAAGCAAAACAAUUGAAGGAUACAAAUGCGAAAGAAAAGAAUCUUGAAGAGUACUGGACUAGAGCAAAGGAAAUUCUACACAGAAUAGAACAGCUUGAAAGAGAAGAAAAUGAGGAAAAAAUACAAAGAGAAAACUAUGAGAAUAUGCCAUUUAUGAAAAAGGACAACACACUGAAACACUGUAGUACUGAUGAUACCAAAGCAGAAGAAGAUAAGGAUAAAAACCAGCCUGGAGAGCUUCAGGGUUCUGUGUCUGGUGAUGUCACAUCUAAGGCUUGUGCUGAUGAUAACGGAGUGAAGACCCUGUUACAGAGUACAAAUCCAUUUAGUGGGCAAAAGAUGACUUUACGUAAAGUCAGUUCUAGCCGCAAUCAAAGCUUACAUGAGAAAACAACUUUUGACAAAAAGAAUUUUGUUUCUAAAUCAAGUGACCAUGUUUUUAAAUAUCCAGUUCACGUUGUCAGAAAAAAAAGGCAGCAGUCACCAGUAACAGAUCCAUUUACAUUAUGCUCAGACAUAAUUAAUAAGGAAGUUGUCAGUUUUCAAGCAGCUGACAACUGUACCAAAAUAUUGAAGUAUAGGUGUUCAGGUUGCAUCUCAGUAGGAAAACCUCUGAAUAGCAGAAAUUUUAGCAAGCUCUUGCAUGCUUGUCCAAACCAAUGUGAUCGACACAAAGUUAUUGUGGAUGCUGAAGACAGAUAUAAAAGUGAACUAAGGAAAUCAUUUAUCUGUAACAAAAAAAUUCUGCUGACCCCACGUAGAAGAAGACAGCUCACUAGCAAAUCUACUAUCCCUGGAGAAAGAAAAAAAAGAAGAAUUCGUAAGAACUUUACUGAAGAAGAAGUAAAUUAUCUUUUCCAUGGCGUUAAGAAAAUGGGAAAUCAUUGGAAUUCAAUUUUGUGGUCUUUCCCUUUUCAGAAGGGACGGACAGCUGUGGACCUUGCUCACAAAUACCACAACUUGAUCAAACAUGCUGAGUGUGCAGCAAGAGACGGCUGAUUUUCAUUUUAGUCUAAAAAUACAGUACCUUAAAAGAUAGAAAAUAUUUUUCUAAGCCCUCAUGUGACAGGAAGUCUUAGAAAUAGGAUUACUUUUUGUUAUUG